AUGGAGUUGAACGCCACUCUCUACACGGGGCUGACAGCCACCCAGGAGCGGUGGCUCCGCCUGGCCUUCGCAGGGUUCUGUGGCCCCAUCCUGCUCCUGGGGCUGCUGGCCAACGGGCUCCUACUGAUGGUGGUGGCCCGUGGGCCUCGAGCGUCUCCCCCGCUCUUGGCGCUGACCACUAGCCUUAUGGUGAACGUGAUACUCUCCGAUCUGCUUUUCGUAUCCUUCCUGGUACCCGCCCUAUUGCUGAGCUUCUUGCAUCGGGGCUGGUGGCUGGGCCCUGCCGUCUGUACCGCCAGCCAGGCCACCAACACGACCACCAUGUUCUGUUCUUUCUACAGCAUGGUAGCCUCUGCGCUCGUGCGUCACGUGGCCAUGGUCCGGCCCCGUGUGGCCCUCCCAGCCAGCCCUCGUGCCCGCCUGCUGCUCUGUGGGGCUAUGUGGGUACUGGGCCUGGCCACCUCGAUGCCCAACUGGCUGUUCCAGCGGGUGACAGUAUUAGAGCAGGCAGUGGGUGUCCCCAAGGCCCUGGCCUGCCUCUUGUUGCUCAGCCUACCUCAAACCACCUGCUAUUUCACCCUGCUGGGAGCCCUGGCUUUUCUGCCCUGCCUGUUGGGCCUGGUCUGCUCUUUUGGCCACGUGGUCUGGCGCUUGGGCACACGGCCCUUGGGUCCCCCAGGGGAGAGUGUGCAGGAGCACAGGGUAAACACACAGCUCAGUCUUGUCAUGCUGGGGGUCUUCGUGCUGAUGUGGGGACCCUGCUCGGCACUGGGCUAUGUGUCUGCCGUGGGCCGCCUACCAGCCACGCCACUGGCUUUUGUGGCUUCUAGCCUGUGCACCCUGCUGGCCUAUUCCAAUUGUGCUAUCAGCCCUGUCCUCUGCUUCUGCCUCUGCCGCCCUUACCGGGCAGGACUCAGGGCCAUUUUUCAGAGGCCCAGAGCAGCAGUCAGUGGAAUGGCGUGGUGA